AUGCAGGCGGCAGUCCGGAACGAGGCGACCUUGACUACACACUCCCGUCUGUUCAUCGGUUUCGCUACCGCUUGGCUCAGCAACUGGACCCCUCUGCUCAUCAACGAGAUUGCGCACCCAAAGCAACGAUCCGGUGCGAACACCCUGUUCAUGCUUUGUUGGUACUCCAGAGGUCACUGUUACGCGGUGUUCCACUAUCAUCACCAUCUUCAUCAACAUUUUCGUUAA